AUGCCGUUCGUUGCAACUUGUGGCCCCAAUGAAGUCCUAGUAGUUUCUGGGUGUUUCAAAUCAAGACCCCAGUUUAUUCAUGGUGGUAGAGCUUUUAUAUGCCCAGGAUUACAGAAAGUUGAAAGGAUUUCUGUUAAUACCAUGACCUUAAAUCCACAUGUUAAAGAUAAAAAAACAUCAGAUUCAAUACCAAUUGAAGUUGCUGUUGUUAUUCAGGCACGUGUUGUCUCCAUGAAUGAAGAAAUAUUAAAUAUGGCUGUUGAAAAUUUUCUUUCUAAAUCUGAAGAUGAAAUAAAACGUCAGCUAUUAGCCUCCAGUGAAGCUCUACUUAUAACAACUAUUUCAAAUUUUAAAGCAGCGGAUAUAAAAGACGACUUUAAAAAAUUCAGUAAAGCUUUAUUUGAAGUAAUAUCUGAAGAGCUGAUAUUUGUGGGUAUAGGAAUAAUAAGUGUUACAGUUAACUAUGUAAAAGAUGAUAAUGAUUAUUUCAAGAACUUAGCGUUAGAGAAAAUAGCAGAAGCUGUCAAAAAAGAUAAAGAAGCAGGGAAAACAGAUUCAUUUGUCAGUAAGUUUGAUAGGAAACUGAAAGAAUUUGAUGAAAACAAGAAAAAAGAGGAAGGCUCCAGUGAAAACAAGAAAAAAGAAGUUGAGGAUACAAAGGAAGGAGUGAAAUCAGAAGAUGUGAUUAUUUCCUCACCUGAUAGAGUUGAACAAACAUAUGAAUUUAAGACUCUUACCACUAGAGAAGAGCUUUAUAAAGGGUAUGAUUGGGGUGCUCAAUCAAAUAAAGAUAAAAAGGCUUUAAUGAAAUAA